UCUCGAACAGUUAAUCAGACAUGCCUGGACGUCUGAAAGUUCGUCUUCUAGGUGCAAGAGAUUUGCCAGUCAUGGAUCGAGCUAGUGAUCUGACAGAUGCCUUUGUAGAGGUAAGAUUUGAUGGCGAGAUGUUUAAAACAGAAGUGUGCAAGAAAUCAUUGAACCCUCAAUGGAAUUCUGACUGGUUUAAAUUUGAGGUGGAUGAUGAGGUCCUACAAGAUGAACCACUGGACAUAAGAGUGCUGGAUUACGACACCUACAGCGCCCACGAUGCCAUUGGGAAAGUUUACAUUGACCUCAAUCCUUUGCUUACACGAGAUCUUCCUUGCACAAUCAAUGGCUGGUUCCCAAUAUAUGACACGAUGCAUGGCAUCAGAGGGGAGCUGAAUGUACAGGUGAAGGUAGAACUGUUCAGUGAUCUUAACAAGUUCCGUCAGUCAUCUUGUGGUAUCCAGUUCUUCUGCACUGCAGCAGUACCAUCUGGCUAUGCUCUACAAGGCGUCCAAGGGUUUGUGGAAGAACUUGUGGUCAACGAUGAUCCAGAGUAUCAAUGGAUUGACAAAAUACGAACACCCCGUGCAUCAAAUGAAGCAAGACAGAGACUCUUCUCAAAACUUUCAGGCGGCUUGCAGCGUAAGGUUGGAGUCAAGGUCAUGGAAAUGGGAGGCAAUGCUGUUCUUGGGUAUACUCAAAACUUUGACUUGGAAGGGGAGUCUGGCAUUGUUGUGCGGGCCAUUGGAACAGCUGUUACCCUUGCCAAACUCCACAGCGCUCAGCACUCACCUAUAGGUGUUUCUCCACUGAAAGAUGCUCAGACUGGUUAUUCCUCCUCUAGCUACUCUCACCAUCAUCAACACUACCAGCAUCAGUACCAUCAUCACCAUCGGCACCACCACCAUCACCGACGACAUCACCAGCACCACCAUUGGUCAUCCUCAGGUCAGGUCACGUCCCCACCCUUAAGUCCACCCAAGACUGGGAAAAGUCACAGCCAGUCGCCCCCUCCCUCUGCUCCUCCACUCAGCUGCAGCCUGGGCUUCACUUUUGAUGGCAUGGAUAUCAGUGAUCCAGUGAACCACUGUGGUCAAGGCAGAGGGUUGCUGGAGGAAGGUCACAUUAAAGGUCAGCUGGAAAGUCAAGGUCGUAGCUUAGGUCAAGAGGAUGAUCGUGGUUUCGACUUUCUUUCCAGCUCACCUUUACCUCAGGACACAAAUCAGCCUGGCUCGCCUCCCCUUGCUAUCAACAGGCACUCCAAUUCUCCAGCACGUGUGAGUGGGUCAGGUGGUGGAAACAACUAUUCCAGCCGAAGACUGUCUGAUUCAGAUGUUGGGUCACCACCUAGAGCUAACAGCUUGACAGGGAGCUACAGUAGUGGAAUAAACAUAGGGGUUACUCCUCGUGCUCCACCUCCAUGUAAUGCUAUCAACCAGCAAAAUAUUGAUCUCUUGGAAUAUCCCUUCUUCACAAUGCGAUCAUACCCACCUGGUUUUAUUGUGAGCCUUGGUAGUAUGGUAUCUGCUCGCUCAGUGAAACUUUUGGACAAGAUUGAUAAUCCAGAGGAGCCAGAGACCAGAGAUAUGUGGUGGAAUGAAAUCCGGACAGAGAUUCGCUCCCAUGCUCGAUCUAUGAACUGCCAUGCAGUGCUAGGUUACACAGAACAGACUGCAAUUUGUGAUGAGAUCAUAAUUCUGUCAGCAAGUGGCACAGCUGCUAGAAUUUCAUUUCACAUUGGGCCCAGUGGACAAGUUGGGCAAAGUAGCCAUUUGCUUCAGGCCCCUGCUUUGAUUGUACCUAAUGCUGCUGUCCCAUCAGUAGACCGGCAACAGAGUAGUGAGCGAGAAAAAGACAAAGAAAGAAGACUGACAGUGGAUAUUGCGCUGGCAAAUCAGUUGGCUCAGAUGAGGCUAUUAGCUGCAAGUGAAGGGUCUGAGAAGUUGUCUAGUAAAUGCUCAGUGUGCCAUAUUCCUUAUCAUGCACACAAUCUGCCCUUUCCCAUCAACCUCACGCUGUGCACCAUUUGCAAGAAGAGACGAGUACCGGAUAUUCUCUUUACUACUAUUGACCCUCCAAAGGAAAUUCCUGUGGUGAGCCAUGGUUCCUUGGUUCAAGCCAGAGUGUGCAGGGCAAAGAGCAAAGGCAAAGGAUCAGAGGCCACUGCAAAAGAUGUCAGUGAUAGUUUACCCUUUUUGGAAUAUGAACUGCACAGUCAGCUCAUCAACAAGCUGAAGAUGCGGGGUCUUAAUUCCUUGUUUGGACUGAAAAUACAAAUUUGCCUUGGUGAGACCAUGAUUACAGCACUUGCUACAGGAACAGGUGUUUUUCUUAGCCCAAUGCCUCAACCCCCUCUUCCAAAGCUAUCAACCCAGGUGCAAGUUGCCACACAAGAGGAGAAUCGGGAUCUUGUGGAAUUGCAGGCUCGAAUUAAUGGUAUUGUGCAGCAACACCGCCAGAGGCUGUCUUUAGAAAUGGCUGAAGAGAUGGGGCUAGAUCAGAACAUUCAUGCUCCAGUGACUGAUGAGAGUGAUGAAGAACAAUCUGACCUGGAGAUGCCCAUCACUAGCAAAGACACCUUUGUUUUAGAGAUUGAUGAUCCCAAAGAUGAAAUUCUCUCACUAAUUCUACAAGACUCUGUACCACCCACUGGCUUUGAAGUGUGCAGUACUCAGUACCCACCUGGGAUUCCUCCAGAUCGCCUUACUGGUCAUUUACAGAUGUUUACCCAGAUGGCUGUCAUCCGAUAUCUGCCGCAUAUCAACAGUAAACUAGAGUUUGGUGACAUCUUUGAGAUGCUUUUGAGGAGAAUGUACUUUAAGCUUCGUCGAUUAGCACCGUGUGUUUUGACAGAUCUUAAUUUCACCAUGGAGGUCCCUGAUGAAGAUGAAGUACAGGUUGCAGUUACAGGCUGCUGUUUGGGUGUUGGAGAUCCACAGCCUCAGAAUACACUGCUAACUCUUUCUGCAAAUGUGAAGCAUCCCGUUGCAGCUCAGGCAGCUGGCCAGACAGACGAUAUGAUGUUCAAUCUAGAAGUAGAUGGUGAGGUUGCACCUGCUGCAGCAGCCAAAGUUUCUUCCUCGAUAGAAAUAUCAUCAGGACCACACCUUACAUCGUGCAACCCUAUAGUGAGCAAGUUAAGCAGGUCAGAAGAAAGGAAAAAACCAUUACAGAAUACAGUCAAACAACGUGUUGGAGUGGAGAUCACCCCAUUACCUACAGUGAUUGGAGGACAAAUUGUCAAAUACUUGGGGAACCAUAACUUCUUCCUAAUCAGGGAAAGCACCUCUGUGAAGGAGUGUGGAGGCCUUGGAGGCUUUAUGCAACGUUUUAUAGGAGAGGUUCUUGCAAUUGUGAGAGGCCAUGUCUCUGCCCUUGGGGGCAAUGCUUUGGUUGGGUAUCAGAUGAGCCACUGUGUUUUAUUUAGCAAUCUUCACAAAAACCAGGCCCAGUGCCUCAUUAAUGUGUGUGGAGAUGCUGUUCAGAUCAGUUACGACUGUGAACCAGUUCAAGUUGACUUUCCAUCCUCACUUAACACACCUAACAUUGUAACGCAAUCAUAUGCAGAAGCAAGCAGUUAGGUCAAGGUGCUUACUAAAGUCCUAGGGAGUGUAUAGAAGGCAUUUGAUUGUGUUAUCUUAAUAACAACACAUCUAUUUUCACUGCUAGCUAGGAUGUUUAACGUCAAUUUUUCUUUAUCUUUACCUUGUUACAUUUUGUAAAAUAUCUGACUUAAAGAAUUACUUUCAUAUGCUUUAUUAACAGAAAUGCUUGGCACGGGUGAUAUAUAGUUAUUGCUUUUAUGACAGAACUGCAGGGUUUGUAAGACUUUUAACUGAUAUAUGAACAUUAUACAAAAUGAAAGGCUGGUAGACACAUUUUUUUGUAUGUGUGUUAACGUCAAAAACAAGACCUUAGCAAAUGAGCUUCUGGUUUCACUAUCGACACAAAGGAAAAGCAUAUGAUAUAGGCUGAGUUGACAGAGGUACAAAAGCUUAUGCUUUAUGGUCUGUUGUGUUUCACUUUACUGGCUCUAAGCCAGAAAGAAAAAAAAAUAUAUAAUCAAGCACUAAACUUUUGGCAAGUAUACAUUAAGAAUUUUGGCACAAUCUAUCUCUGACUUGUUCUGAGUUUUAACUGUCAGAUUGCCAAGACAUAUAGUGGCCUACCACUUUCCGAGCAUCUCUACAAAUCACUAGUAGUCCAGUUUAUGUACAGUCCAUACUGAGUACUUUACUGAGUACCAUUUACAUGCCUGUUGUAUGUCCUGUUCUGCCAGUGUCAAUUUAGUCACUGAUCAGUUUGCCACAAGACCAUUUCUCACCACAGCCUAAGUGAGCUAUGUCCAUUUUGUCCCAGGUAAGAUCAUCUCACCCAAGACUAAAAUUACUAUCAGAAAUUAAGGUCUGAAGUUAUAAAGUGAAAAAAAUUUAUUUGAUUUUCAAAUAAUCUGGAUGUAUGAAGGCCAUCUUUGUCAUCAAGAUUUGUUGAUGGGGCAUAUUGUUGUGGAGAGUAGCAGUACUUACAUCCCAUGGGAAGAUAGAAAAAUGGUGUGUAUAGUCUCCAAAUAAAACAAAAAAGCAGAGGCACAAUGUCACCUGACAGUGAUUUCCUAAAAUUAUAUCUGUUGGAAAGGGAUAUGAUAAUUAUCGUGCCGUGAUUGUUUUUCUGUCAGAGAUUAACUUGCAUUUUGGAGUGUAUACAGAUUUCAUGACUGCAAUAUUUGUGUAAGUUAAAGACACAUUCACAUAAGUCUGAUAAAAUCUUACAUGACUUUGCUAGUCAACAUGAAAUCAAGAUGCCAGCGAUCAUGUUUGGCAGUGCCAGUGAUCUCUGAUAAUGUUUUUAAAAAUGUAUUGUGAGUGAAUUUGUUGAAGCAAAAGAAUGAUGUGUUUAGUACAUAGAGAUACAUGUAUGUCUAAGUGGACAUGAUUUUUAUAUUUUUAUGCCACUUGGUUGAUAUUGGGUAUAUUUGUGUACAGUUUCAGAGUAAAACUUUACAUUCCAUCGAUAUUUUGAGCUUUUUUAGUACUUACAUAAAAGAUUUUGUCUUGUGGUUUAUACAGAUGCUAGUCAUUUUUGUAAUUUGUGUUUUUCAAGGAAAAUCAUGGGUAUGGAUUUGCACAAACAUGAAAUUACUGAUGAUUGUGGAAAGGGGAUUCAUGCAUGUAAUUAACAUAAAUUUAAAUCUUUCAUAGUUGACACACACACACUUGCUUAUGUUCAUACAUUAUUUCUUACCCCUUCUCCCCCAAACACUGCAUAAUAAUCCUGACAGAAUCCCAUGAAAAUGCAGCAAAGAAGAUAAAUUUGUGUGCAUGUGGCUGCAAACAUUCUAUUUUUUUCAUCAACCCCUUUGUAAAAACAUACGUGGCAAGUUUGGAAAGCAUGCAGGUAAGAGUGGACUGACUAAAGAUUGCAGAUGAACCAAAGUUAUAACACCAUGAUCAGUAAUCAACAUCCACAAGUGUAAGAAUAUUUUGUUGCCAAAACAAAAAGGACUGAUUAUGAUGACUACCCAUAUUUUAGACAGAAUUAUAGAUGGCACAAAGUGUGUAAGUAGUAUUAUGAAGACCCAAUUUAGCUUUAUAAUGAAUCUCAUGUGCACUUUAUUAGAUUUACAUGUUUCACAAUACUGAAUGUGCUGUUUUCCCAAUAUGCUAGAGAAAGUAAUAACAGUCCCAAGGGACUGAAAAUAUUGUUUUCAAAUACAGGGCACAGAACUAGCCAGCUACAUAGAGUAAAAUAUAUGAUGUUGAAUGAAUUUCCUUCUGAAAAUAAAAUGCAUGUAAAUAUAGUUAUGAUGGUAGAUGCAACUACUUACAUCACUUUUAUGCUGUUUUAUUUAUGAGAACAGAGCUUAAUAUUUGCCAUUAUGCAUCAUCUCAGAAGGAUGUGUAGCUUAGGUAUGAAAGUACCUUGUUAGAGAGUUGGAUCAUGUGCGAACGUAACUGUGGGAGUGGUAAGACGCACCCACUUAAAGCUGUAUUAAUGUUUGGUUUUGUUGCAGCAAUGGAUAGGGGUUUAUUUACAGAAUCUGUUUGUCCAGGAAUAGGGGAGCAUUCUAGUUUUGUGCCCAAUCAUUAUUCCUUGGCUAAAUUACUUUCCAAUUGUACUAGUUUUACAAUGUAAAUGAAAAUAAAGUUAAUUACUUUUG